AUGGGGCACGACCCGGGCUGCGUCACCGAGGGCAUGGCGCCGUGCUCGGGGGCGGUCGCGCCGGCCCACGAGGAGCGGGACGUGGACAACCUGCGGCCGCUGCUGCGGGAGCUGCGGGGGAAGCUCGGGGACGGCGCCGCGGCCCAGGCGGAGCACCCGGGGGGCCUGCCGCGUGGUUGGGCGGCGCUGCGGAGCUUCUCCGACGUCCUGGAUGCGGACCUCGGCGGCGCGGCGGUGUGGUGCGAGAGCCCAGGCCCGCAUCUGCCACGGGUUCAGCGGCGGGUUCGCCGGCGCCUGGGCGGUCGGGUGGCCAUCAUCCGCGACACGAGUUUAUCGAUGCGGGGGCCUUACGAGAUCUUCGCCUCGAUGAUCUGUUCGAAGGUCAUCGAGUUGGCCAAGCAGUUUCGCAUGCAUGUGGGGUACUUGGAAUUCAACGAUGACGUCCUCCGGUUUGUCCUGGACAAGUCCCGUCAGUUCUUCUCGCGGGAGUACGCGACCCUUCUCAGGCAGGUGCGCUGGGCAAGGAGCAAAGGGUGCACGAACUACGAGGUGCCCCUGAACGUGGCCCUCUCCGAGUUCCGGGGGAUGAGAGGCAUGGCGGCCCGCUGCAACCAGCACAUACUCUUCCUCACGGACGGGCAUCCCAACCGGGGCGACCCCUCCGUGGCGCGGCAGCUGGCGUCGGCCCGAAGCCUCGGAGUGUCCAUACGUUGCCUCCCAGGACUGCCCUGA